AAGCCCGACGAAAGAUGUUUAUCCUUGCCACCGCUGCGCUCGCCGUUGUGGUCCGCCCGCAGCGUGCGCUCGUCGAGCGCGCGGGCCCACUCGCACCCGCGCCUCCACAUCUCAACGCUGUUCAUGGCUCCGAAGCACUCUUGAGCGACAUCUCCAGCGGCGCCACGGUCGAAAGCGACGGUGACCUCCCUCUGUCAGUGUCGCGUCGGCUCGGGGGCACUGCAGUCAACGAUGGCGUCGACUUCAAGCGCGACGGUGACCUCUCUCCGUCAGUGUCGCGUCGGCUCCCGGCAUGGGGCACUGCAGUCAACGAUGGCGUCGACUUCAAGCUGAUCACGAAGGCCGACAAGGGACACGUUCACGCCCUCGUCGGCGCCACCUGGUUCGUCUCAGCCUACGGCCUCCUUUUCGACUCGCUCGCUUCGGAACUCGCAGACCCAGGCCAUCCGGUCGCACUCGCGCACGGCAUGCACUUGCCCGUCCUCGUGGCCAUGGCCGCCGGUGUCGGCGUCUCCAUCAGCGGUUUUCCGAUGAUGCCGCGGUCUCGGAUGUUUAGCGCGUAUGCCAAGCAGAUGAGCGCGUCGAUGCUCAGCACGGCCACGCUCUGCCUGAUCGUCGCCGCGAGUGUGUUCGAUCCAAGCGAGCUGCCGGCGGCGGAUCUGACCCACGCACUCAUCGUCGCGUCGAUGUUGGCCCAGAGCGUUGACAUUGUUGUCGACCAGAAGCCGUGGAACAUCGUGCCGACCGUCACAUCCCUCCGCCUGCAGCUCCCUCCCCCGCCGGUCGUCAAGCUCGCAAUGGCCAUCAGCCUCGGCUGGUGCGCGAUGGCGUUCGGCGUGUACGUCCACUUUGCGGGCGCCGCCACGGGGGCUCUCUCCGACCUUUCGGACGUCGAUCGCGCCUUUGCCGGCCAGAUGGCGCUCGGCCUGGUGAUGGGCCCUGCGUCUGAGGCCUUUGUGGGGACGCUCAUCCAGAAGGAGCGCUUCCGCGGCCUAAAAGACGCCAGCCGGCCCUACAAGUUUGUGCACCCGCUGGAGGACGGCCUCUUCCGCCCCAACCACGUGAUGGAGGCGCUCGAGUUGGCAUUCAACGUGCCCGGUCCUCAGAUCGCCUGCAUAGCGGCGGCGAUGGCCACAGGCCACGGCGACUCGGUGCGCCACGUCUUCCUCCUCCCGUUCGCGUGAUGGCCACACCAAGAGAGAGAGCCUGUGCCGUACAUGCCUGAUGUUGGGCACGCCGGGCGGAUCCUCGCUCUCUCUCCACCCCCCCCCCCUCUCUGGCUCUCUCUCUCCUCUUCUCUCCACGUUCUUUCUUUUCGGGUUUUAAGAACAUUGUCUAUUGAUCACGUAAGACGCUUAAAAUUAAGAAGAC